AUGGAAAUAUAUUUCCUGUACGAGUACCUGUCGAAAACCCUCGACCACUUGUCUGCUGCUGAAGAAAUAAUAAACAGACAGGAAGCGGUAAUAAGUGAGCUGAAGAAAGAGAUCAACCAGAAAUCGGUGUUGCUUGAGAAAGAUGAGACGCUGCAGCUCACCGCAGUUCGCCUAUACCAUUCCCAAAGGGAGGUGGCUCGAUACCUUGAACUAGGCUACCUGAAUUUGAUCGACCAUCCUGAUAUUGCAAAAGAGGUUCGCCUAACAGCUUACGAUGCUCGAGCACAGCAUUUGAUGACGUCAGGCUUAAUGAAGAAGUUUACCAUGACGUCAAAACAUGUUGUUCAAACGUUGUUGCCAAUGAUUCGUGACGGCGUCGAACUGCAGGACGCUGACAUAGUCAGGGACACAUUUGGGCAAAUACUCGAUCUUGCCGAGGAUAUGAAGAAAGAAUCUGAAAGGACAAAAGCAAGUUAUUAUCAGAUACAAGGAAAGGUUCAGAAAAACCUUGGAGAAGUUGACGAACGCAAUACAACAGUCAUGAAAACUAAAGGAGGAGUUGGCCUUGGUGACGUGCAAACCCUUAAGGAAGCGGCAACCCACUUGGGUGAUGUGGACAAGCUUUUUACAAAGAUAAUUAAGUUUUGGGAAGAUAUGGCAGCGGCAACAAAGUACCUGAAAGAUGACACCAAAGCCGGAGAAGUUUACCUUAAAAAGAUAGAAGACGAACGGUACCAGACACGUUUUCUGAAGUCCAUAGAAAGAGCUGAACAGAACUGGGGAUUUUUCGGGCAACUUUGCGGCGCUUAUGUUGUGGAGACGGACAAGGAGAUAGAUUUCCUGUACGAGUACCUGUCAAAACCACUUGACCACUUGUCUGCUGAAGAAAGAAAGAAUAGAAAGGAAGCUGUAUUACGUGAGCUGAAGGAAGAGAUCGACCAGGUUUACCCUCAGGUUGAAGACAUAACCGACGAAAAAGACGCAUAA